AAUAAGAGGAUAGAUGCCUUUCUACAUAGUAUCGGUUUUGUGAAGUGUCCUGUUGAGCAUGGGGUUUAUGUGAAAAAUCUGAAGCUGAAUGAGAUUCUCAUCUUGUGCCUCUAUGUUGAUGACUUGCUCAUCACCGAUAGUAACUCAUCAGAUAUUGAGUCAAUCAAACAGAAUUUAAAGAUCGAAUUUGAUAUGACAGACUUGGGAAUUCUAUCCUACUUCCUUGGUUUGGAAUUCAUCUACUCUGAAAAAGGAGUUAUUAUGCACCAAAGGAAGUACAUAUCUGAUGUACUUGAAAGAUUCAAUAUGCUAGGAUGUAAAUCUGCUGAAACCCCUGCUGAAAUGAAUUUAAAGCUUGCAACUAGUGAAGGUGAAGCUCCUACUAAUGAAACUCUCUUCAGACAGAUUGUUGGUAGCUUGAGAUUCAUCUGUCAGAGCAGACCAGAAAUUACUUACAGUGUUGCCUUGGUGAGUAGAAUUAUUAGAAGUCCGAAACAGAUACACAUGUUGGCUGCAAAGAGAAUAUUGAGAUAUUUGAAGGGAACAGUUAAAUAUGGAAUUUUGUUCUCCAAUAUUAAGGAGGGAAAUGUAGAAACAAGGCUGGUUACUUAUUCUGACUUAGAUUGGAGUGGACAUAGUGGACAGAAAGAGCACCAUGGGUCAGGUUUUUCUGCCAUAGACUGGCCAAAAAUCCAAUGUCUCUUGGCAAGAGCAAGCACAUAGAAACAAAAUUCCAUUUUUUACCGGACCAAGUAAAUUAAGGUGUGAUUCAAAUGAAGCAUUGCAGAGCUGAAGUGCAAUUAGCUGACCUUCUUACCCAGGCAUUGAAGAUUGACAGAUUCAAGAAACUAAGAUUAUUUGAAUAUUGUAUGUUUUUCAUAGUGUGGAUUUUGAAUCAAGGAGGAGUGUUGUUAAUAGGUGAUUAAAAAUCCAGGACAGUUAGUAAGUUAAAACUGCUGUCGUAACAUCUUGUAUAAAAUACUCUCUGUUAGCUCUCUCUAAUCAAUUUUGAAUUUGAAUGAGACCUUAUACUCAUAUCAGAAG